GUUCGUAUAGUCAACCGCAUACUCCACGUCCUCUAAUCCUCAUCCUGAAACCGUUACUCAACCGUCAAUCGCUCUGAUCUCUCGCACUCACAGGCACAGCCUCACAGGCCACAGAAAAGAGAAAAACGAAAAUCUGAAAGUUCGAGGCUACCGCUAUGGACCCAAGCGGUGCAACCCACUCGGCCACCGCGAGCGGAGGCGCCGGCGGUGCGGUGGGGGUUCGGAUCCAGCAGAGCCGGAGGCUCCCGGAUUUCCUACAGAGCGUGAAUCUCAAGUACGUGAAAUUAGGGUACCACUACCUGAUCUCCAAUCUCUUAACCCUAUGUUUUAUACCCCUAAUUAUCGUAACCCUAAUCGAGGCCUCGCAAAUGAACCUUAACGAUAUUCGCCAGCUCUGGCUCCACCUCCAGUACAAUCUCCUGAGCGUCGUGAUCUGCUCCGCUUUUUUGGUCUUCGGUUUGACCGUUUACAUCAUGACCCGCCCCCGACCUAUUUAUCUCGUGGACUAUUCGUGUUACCGCCCGCCCGAUCGCCUCAAGGCUCCGUUUGAUUCCUUCAUGGAGCACUCGCGGCUGAACGGGAACUUCGACGACUCGUCGUUAGAGUUUCAGCGUAAGAUUCUUGAGCGGUCAGGGCUCGGCGAAGAGACGUACGUGCCGGAGGCGAUGCAUCACAUCCCGCCGACGCCCUCGAUGGCUGUGGCCAGGGAGGAGGCCGAGCAGGUCAUGUUUGGCGCCCUGGAUAACCUGUUCACGAACACGAAUGUGAAGCCCAAGGAUAUCGGUGUUCUCGUUGUGAAUUGUAGCUUGUUUAAUCCCACACCUUCGCUUUCGUCUAUGAUUGUUAACAAGUAUAAGCUUAGGGGUAAUAUUAGGAGCUUUAAUUUGGGUGGGAUGGGUUGUAGUGCUGGGGUUAUAGCGAUUGAUCUUGCGAGGGAAUUGUUGCAGGUCCAUAGGAACACUUACGCUGUUGUUGUAAGUACUGAGAAUAUUACCCAGAAUUGGUAUUUCGGGAAUAAGAAGUCUAUGUUGAUACCCAAUUGCUUGUUUCGAGUUGGGUGUAGCGCAGUUUUGCUCUCGAACAAGGCCAUGGACAGGAGGCGGGCCAAGUACAAGCUUGUUCAUGUGGUGAGGACUCAUCGAGGGGCGGAUGAUAAGGCUUUUCGUUGUGUUUAUCAGGAGCAGGAUGAUAAAGGGAAGACAGGUGUUUCAUUGUCGAAAGAUUUGAUGGCAAUAGCUGGAGGGGCUCUGAAGACUAACAUCACCACAUUGGGGCCUCUUGUGCUCCCAAUUAGCGAGCAGCUUCUGUUCUUUUCAACUCUGCUGGUUAAGAAGUUGUUCAAUGAGAAUGUGAAGCCGUAUAUUCCGGAUUUUAAGCUGGCGUUUGAUCAUUUUUGCAUUCAUGCUGGAGGCAGGGCUGUGAUUGACGAGCUGGAGAAGAAUCUUCAGUUGUUGCCAAUUCAUGUGGAGGCUUCAAGGAUGACUCUUCACCGGUUUGGGAAUACAUCGUCGAGCUCCAUUUGGUAUGAGUUGGCGUAUAUGGAGGCCAAGGGAAGGAUGCGCAAGGGUAACCGUGUCUGGCAGAUUGCAUUUGGUAGUGGUUUCAAAUGUAAUAGCGCGGUUUGGAAGGCACUCCGGAAUGUGAAGCCGUCUCAAAAUGGUCCUUGGGAGGACUGCGUUCACAAGUAUCCUGUGAAAAAACUUUCCUAGCUGAAUAACAUGUUGGUUAGGCUGUCCAUUUGGGGUAUUUCACCUUUUUCAGAUGCUGAUGCUGUACUUUGUUGGGGUUCUUUCAUUUGUCAAAUUGUGGUUCUUUUUACUUCACAAUUCUUGCAUGUUUCACUUAUGUUUCCACGGAACUAUGAUUUGAAGGAAUGCUUAUUUUGUACUUCAAUAAUGCUCCAAAUUUUGAACUUUCCAAA